AUACGCAGGAAAACGUUGGGCGUUCACAACUUCACACACUUUCUUACACUGUUGCCAGCAGGGCAGAAGGAGGACCAAUGAAAGAAGGAGAAAUCACGACGACUCUCCCUAGCCCUAUUGUUGCGGGUUUUGGCACGGUGACAACUAUGCAACUUUCUUGCAAAUUUUCCCCCAUUCGAUCAUCGAAACAGUUGCAAUAAUUUAAACUUGACACUUAACAGCCAGACGCGUUUUCUGGACGUUUCGUCAGCCGCAUUUGCAGACGAUUGUCUGGUUUUCAGUUAGUUCAACCUGAAGCGUUCUUACUUCAACCAUUUAUUAAGCCGAAUUAUGUUUGACAUCUUCGGAGUGAAAAAGGGUGCGCGUUCAUCGGGAAAGUACAGCGCUCGAAGCGCUCAACGCCUAGCGGAAGUGAGGGGAGAGCGUCAAACCAGCUCUUUUAUUGGAAAUCCUGAAGGAGAGGGUGACGUGGUCUAUGUCACUGUGAAAUUUUUUCUGGACAAAACGCCAGGAGGCCUUCACGGAGUUCCCGCAGUACGGAGCGAACAAUUCAAGAGCAAACCAAAACUGGAAACAAUAGUGGAGGUUGAAAAAGAUUCUACUGGAACGAGCACAGCGGCGCUGAAACUGGGAACUGGAAAACGAAAUACGAGAAUGUUUCGACCGGCAGCUGUCGUGUUAUUUGUAAUGAUGUUUUGGGUCUUAACGAUCAAAUCGGUCAGCGCGCAUCAGCCGUCAACAACUACUAUCACGGUCUGUGGCAUCGCGGCGACUUGGAUCGGCGGCGAAGUCCUCCAAGCACGAAAAUGCGUGUUUUGCUGGGUGAGAGGGGAACCGCCUCAUACCGACUGUCCGGAAGUCAUGUUGUUGCUGGUCGGCGGAUUUGCUUUUCUUGCAAUCCUUCUUGGAUUUCUCCGUCUGCAUGGACAAGAAAAGGAAUCAAUUGUGGUUCGUGAGCACCAUGGUGCCGGUGGCGAGCGGGAUCACAUCGUGAAUAUGGAACCGAACAAUAUGCCGCCUGGUCCAAAUGAUACGUUUCGCACGCCGAUGAAUGAGAACACAGGCACAGGGGUACCGCGCCAACGCAGGAAUUCAAGCGAGGAGAGAAAAAAAGCUAAAAUGAUGGAACAACAAAAAGCACAACGUUCCGGUUUUCCCGUGGAGAGCGUCCAUGAGGCCGGCUAAUUUUAAGCACUGCCACUGUGUAUGCAAAAUUCUGCCGGUCAUGAAUGGAUUGCAAGUUCUGUAUCUAUCCAAAAAUUUUGUUGAUUGUACUGUUUCUCCAUGUUUGUUUGCAUACUUAUUUAUUAUGUCAUGGACCGCAACUGAUUGCGGUCGACUACGCUCCGCAUACGCUAUCCCUUCUGAUACUGGAAAAAUAAUUCUGCUGCCGGAAGGGUCUUUUUGCAUUUCUUGUAACUGGCAUCAGUAAUGCGCGAUUCUUGAUUUUUUUUUGGUUUUCAUUGUGGUCAACCGUCCGAUUUUACAAUAAAUUUUUCGCGCUUUAUUAAGCUUGUUUUUCUUUGGUUACGAUUCGUACAUGCCAGAUGAUACAUGUUGACAAAAUGCGUAUUUGUAAAUUGUAAUUAGUUAUUUUGUUUGUCGUUUCGCUUUGUGACAUAGCAUGUCAACAGUCAGCAUGUGAAAUUAAUUGAUAUGAGUAUCA